AAUAAAUGAUAACACCAAAUAUGAAAUGAUAAUCGUGUCCAUAAAUAUUCAAAAUAAUAAUUACUGAACUAUAAAAGAGAGCAAAGAGAACAAAAACUUUGUUUCAUGAGCACAAAACUCGCAAACGAGUUUUCCUGGACGAAGGGCUCGCGGACAUGACGAGGCGGCGCGUGGACCUUCUAGAACAUUGUCGGAGCCGCAGCGGCGCGAAAAAUCCACUGCUGUCCAUCCUGAACCGAGAAAGAAUGGCGUUAAGAAAAGUUCUUUCGUCGAAGCCCCAAACCCCUUACUUUAAGCCCCCGGCAAUACACAUUUGUGUGGUUGCACUGAAGGACCAGCAUAGGGUCACGAGGUGGGACUUCCAGGACGGCAGAGCGGUGGCGGCCGUCACAAAAGCUAAUGCCGUCAUGGCCAUCAGCGACGGGCACUCCGUGGCCAAAGUGACCCUGUAUGAAGACCUGAAGGCCCAAGUUCAAGAGGGUGCUUCCUACGUGGUUCGUGGCUAUAACCUGAGGGGCAAUUCCCCUCCAUAUGCCUUUAAUGUCUCAAGGGAGACAGAAUUCUUUCGAAGCAGCGCCCUCGUCAUCGACGAGAAAUUACAAAACGAGGCCUUGAGGCUGAUCAAUCCUCGCUCGCCCCUGACCCCCCUCAGCACCUGCAGGGAAUCUGCUGGUCUGGUCACGGUGGAAGGGGAGGUGGUCGAGGUAAGUAACUUUCCGUUUAACGGGACUGCGAUAUAUAUAGCCAAUGUAGGUUGUUGCUGUAAAAUUAAGAGUGUAAGUCCGCCGGACUGCAGCUAUGAGAACAUUAACACCCAAAUCCACUGUGUUCAGGUGUCUGAGCUGAAGGAGGUGGUGGUGGCGAGGGACCGCGUGCCACUGCAAAACAUCACGUUGAAGCAGGGGGAAACAAAGGUGCCCGUGUCCCUCUGGAGGGAAACCGCCCUCCACUGCUGUGAGAUCGGGAACGUCCUGAGAGUGUCCCACCUGAGAGGGUCGGAGUCCAAUUAUGGAUUCCGGCUCCAAACAACGGUGGAGUCAGCAAUUGAGGCGGUCAGUUCCACGGCAGCGGAGGAGGUUGGAGUUUACGGGGCAACACCGGCACGCGGGGCUCCCGGAAGCCUAAAAGUGCUCCUGGAGGACGACAGGACGCUGUUCAUCGAGGAGAGCAAGUGGCUGCCAAUAGCUGCCAUAAUGGAAGCGCCACCCUUACCGGUCAAAAUAACCGUUAAAGGCAACACCAUUGUCGCCAUUGAAGCCAUGCGGAAGGAGGAGUAGCUGUUUGAGUUUCUUUUUGUUGUUGCUGUUUUUGCUGUUGUUUUAAUGUGUUCAUUAGGAAUCGGUUCUCCGUUGUUCAAAUUACCUUUCACAUUGUAUAGGAUGUUAUUAAUCAAUUUGCCAAAGUUCAUGUGUUCUGUUUUUGUUCUAUGUUAACCUUUUGUAAAAUGGAUGUAUAAUCAGUUUAAUCAAUUCAAUCAGUUUAAUCAAUUCAAUCAGUUUAUUCAAUUCAAUCAGUUAUGACAAAUCCAUGUAAUCGUGCAGUCUGUGUUCAAUGUCCAAUCAAUACAUGUUUUAAUCUCUGAUUACUGAUUCAAUUUUCAAUCAAUAAAUGUUUGUCACAAUUCUCGACUUUUCUUUUAAAGUCUUCAAAAUCCCCGUGUAGCCACGGAUAGUGCUAUUAUUUGAUUACUGUGUGGAUGUUAAAAAGCCUUUAAUUUUUGCCCACAAAUGAUAAUUUACUCCUCGCGUGUUUCAGCAUUAACUCUGAUCAUUUGUAGCCGGCAUCGUGUGACGUCUGCCUUUGUUAGAGCGCUCUGUUUAGGACAGUUCUAAUCAGUCUGUCGCUUCCACUCUGCCGCAACUCUCCCCAUAGCAACCAGAGCCCCGCACACACAAGCAGCCGCUACGUCACACAUAAACAAAUGACUCUGUAUCCAGUCAGCUGACGCUACCGGCAGCUAGCUUUCGUCGGCUAGCGCUACUAUCGCGCUAGCUUUGCGGUGGCUGACAAGUUAUGUCAGCAAGCGCAAACAAGUUGUACGAAGCUACUGCUGCUCUUGUAUUUAGCCAGCUAGCCUACGUGGAUAACCGUCACUCUGUCUGUCUGUCUGUCUGUCUGUCUGUCUGUCUGUCUGUCACUAUUAGCUACGGAAAUGGACGAGGGUCUCUGUUAGCUGUCCCUUUCCCGAGUACUGAAAGCAGCGCUUUACGCAGUGGCUGUUUAGCACAACAAUGUCAAAUAUAUACCUGUGUAUGAACAUCUAUCUAUCUAUCUAUCUAUAUCUAUCUAUAUAGAUAUAGAUAUAGAUAAAUGCACACGUGUUAUCUAUCUAUCGAUUAUUAUCUAUCUGAU